AUGGACACAAUGAACAGCACCCCGGGCGCACCUGUCCUGUGGCAGGAGGCACGCAACUCGGAUGGUCGCGUUUAUUACUACCAUGUGCAGACAAAGCAGACACAAUGGACGAAGCCCGUCGAGCUGAUGACUCCGGCCGAGCGCGCAUUGUCGAGUCAGCCAUACAAGGAAUACCAGACAGAAGAUGGACGCAAGUAUUGGUACAACCAGGAAACAAAGCAGAGCACCUGGGAGAUGCCUGAGGUCUACAAGAACGCGCUCGCGCAAGCCUCAGCCCCGCAAGCCCCGGCCGCGCAAACCCCACAAGCCUUGGUCCCUGCCUUUACCGCCGAGACCGCGACGACCGACGCGGGCAUGGGGGGGGUUGAUCAUAAUGCUUUGAUGCUUGCAUCCGCACUCAACACCCAGCACGAACCCGAGCCUGAGUACCACACUCUCAAGGAGGCUACCACUGCUUUUGAGAAGAUGCUCAGGCGUCAUCACGUCCAGGCCGAUUGGACUUGGGAACAGACUGUGCGGGCUACGAUCCAAGAUCCCCAGUACCGUGCCAUUAAGGACCCCCGGGACCGCAAGGCAGCUUUUGAGAAAUACGCGAACGACCUUCGCAACGAAGAGGAAGCGCAGGCUAAAGAAAGACUUGAGAAGCUUCGAGCCGACUUUAACACCAUGCUCCAGCGUCACCCUGAAAUCAAACACUACAGUCGCUGGAAGACGAUCCGCCCUAUCAUUGAGGGUGAGACCACAUUUCGGGCCACUAGUGACGAAAAUGAACGCCGCCGGCUGUUUGAAGACUACAUUCUUGACCUCAAAAAAUCACACAUAGAGCAGGAAGCUGUCACCCGCAAAGCUGCUAUGGAUGAGCUCGGUGCGAUUCUCAAUUCUUUGGUCCUUGAACCCUACACCCGCUGGUCUGAGGCCCAGGCGGCCAUUGAAUCCAACGACAAGAUGCAGACUGAUACCAAAUUCAAGACCCUCACCAAAUGUGAUAUUCUGACUGCGUUCGAAAAUCAUAUCAAGUCGCUGGAACGAUCUUUCAACGAUGCCCGUCAAGAACAGAAGGCAGUGAAGGCUCGGAAGGCACGUCGGGCCCGUGAAAAAUAUCUUGAGCUUCUCAAGGAACUCAAGUCGCAGGGCAAUAUCAAGGCCGGUACCAAGUGGGUCAAUAUUCGCCCAAUGAUCCAGGAUGACCCCAGAUACCAGGCAAUGCUGGGCCAGCCAGGAUCCAGCCCUCUGGAGCUCUUCUGGGAUAUGGUCGAGGAGGAAGAACGUGCCCUCCGCCGUCCACGCAAUGAGGUGCUUGAUAUCUUGGAUGACAAACGAUUUGAGGUCACGGCGGCCACUACGUUCGAAGAGUUCAAGGCCGUGGUGGACACCGAUCGGCGUGCUUCCGAUAUGAGCCCGGAACUCCUUGCGCUCAUCUUCGAACGCAUUAAGGAAAAGGUAGUGCGACGGAACGAGGAAGAAAAGCAUGCCGCUGAUCGCCACCAUCGCCAUGCCGUCGAGGCUCUCCGUUCUCGGAUCAAGCGUCUUGAGCCUCCCGUGCGUGCAACAGAUACUUGGGAACAGGUGCAACCCCGCCUCGAAAAGUACGAGGAAUACAAGGCCGUCGAGACAGAUGAGCUUCGCAAGUCGGCAUUCGAAAAGUUUAUCCGUCGACUGAUCGAAAAGGAUGAAGACAACGAAAAUGAUCGCGGAAAUCGGGAGCGAGACCGUAACCGUCGCCAUGACCACGAUCGCAGUGGCCGUGAAUACCGCGGAGGUCGAGGAGAGCGACGACGGGGUAGCAUGGUCAGUCAUUCACCUGAAACCGAUGCGUAUGAAGCAGACCGGCGUCAAGCCCAGGCCGACCGCGAGCGUUCUUAUCGAAAGACCAGCGGAUUUUCACCUUCUCGUGACCGCCACGACGACCGUGAUCGAGACCGCUACCGUCGUCCUUACCGAGACUAUGACCGCCGAGAGAUCGAGCGCGAACGUCUGUAUCUAUCUCGUGGUGACCCUCACGGUAGCCGCGAUGAGCUGGACUAUGGGGGGGAUACUCGCAGUGUUGCCUCCACCGAUCGUCGCCGCCGCCGUGACAGCGAUGGUGAUAGUGUCGCCAGUCGCUCGGUGAAGCGCUAUCGUCGUGGUAGUCGUGAACCGGACCACAGCAAGGCAUCGGGCCGUGAGCGUACUCGGGAGCAUUCCACCAUCCCCGAAGAAGAGAUCAAGAAAGAGAAGGCGAUUCACUCUGGUAGCGAGGAAGGAGAAAUCGAGGAGGAUUAG